AUGUGGCUGGACACGCGGAUUAGUCGAAAUGGCACCGACAUCAUGUGCAUGCAAAGGCAUGAAGACCAGCUGCAGAUGUGUCAUUACCUGCUGACGGGCGAUGUGCUGCACAAGGAAAAGCCGGAGGUGGGAAAUCCAGCCAUGUGGUCGCUGCCACCUUCCGCCCCGCCAUUGGAGAAGGGUGAGAGCGCCUUUAAUGCGGUGGAGAUCGAUGACUUGGCGCAGUGCCAGGAGCCAAACAUCCGGCAGAAGCUGUCAGGGGAGCUCUUGAGACGCUUGGCACGUCUCCGCACCUGGCUCCAGUCAAAGGAAGUGGUGCUCGAUUUGCGCCGUGACUUUGUGAGCCCGGAGGCCGCAAUUGUCGGAUGGAUCGAAAGAUUGCAUCCGUGGACAAUGUCCUGGUCGAAUGUGUUGGACUACCUGCCGCCGAAAGAAUUCCACAAGCUUGCUAGAUCAUGCUCUGCUCAGGGCGAUACUAUACACUACGGGUAUUCCAUGAACUGGAUCGCCGAGGUGUAUGGCUCCUGCAUCAUGGACUAUGACGGGCAUCCGGAGGCUGUGGCAAAGAUCAUUGAGGGCUCACAUGAAAUGUGCCAGCAAGCUGAAAGGUUGAUGCCGUCGGGGAAGUUGCUGCUCCUCCCUCCUCACGAGACACCCAUGAACAUUACUGGCCACUUUCUAGCUAUGGGCCUCCACAAAAGGUGGGCACGCUACUUUUUCUCGGAUGCCGGAGAAUUGCAAGUUGGGAUGUUUUCCAUGCAGACCUACAAUCCAUUGGCCACCAAUGCCAACUGCCUCUCGAUGACAUGGACCUAUGAUAUGGACAUGGAGCUGAAGUCAGCCAGUGGCACUGAGCUAGCGGACGAUGCAAUGCCUGAUUGCCCCAUGUCGUGA